AUGGUCGAAAGAAAAAAUCUCUAUUUGAUAGGGCUUCUUCCUAUACCUAUGAAUUCCAUUGGACCCAGAAAUGAUACAUUGGAAGAAUCCGUUGGGUCUUCCAAUAUCAAUAGGUUGAUUGUUUCGCUCCUGUAUCUUCCAAAAGGAAAAAAGAUCUAUGAGAGUUCUUUCCUGAAUCCGAAAGAGAGUACUUGGGUUCUCCCAAUCACUAAAAAGUGUAGCAUGCCUGAAUCUAACUGGGGUUCGCGGUGGUGGAGGGACUGGAUCGGAAAAAAGAGGGAUUCUAGUUGUAAGAUAUCUAAUGAAACCGUCGCUGGAAUUGAGAUCUUAUUCAAAGAGAAAGAUCUCAAAUAUCUGGAGUUUUUCUUUGUAUAUUAUAGGGAUGAUCCGAUCCGCAAGGACCAUGAUUGGGAAUUGUUUGAUCGUCUUUCUCUGAGGAAGAGGCAAAAUAGAAUCAACUUGAAUUCGGGACCACUAUUCGAAAUCUUAGUGAAACACUGGAUUUGUUAUCUCAUGUCUGCUUUUCGUGAAAAAAUACCAAUUGAAGUGGAGGGUUUUUUCAAACAACAAGGGGCUGGGUCAACUAUUAAAUCAAAUGAUAUUGAGCAUAUCUCUUCGUUAGUUGGGGAAGAAUCCGCCCGAAUCGGAUCUUUUGAGGAACGUAUCGAGAGAGAAUUUGAUUUGGUUAGACAAUGUGUGGUUGGUAAACAAGGAUCGGUUUUUUGCAAGGUACGGAAUGUAUCGUCAAAUAUUCAAUAUGAUUCCACAAGAUCUAGUUUCGUUCAAGUAAGGGAUUCUAGCCAAUUGAAAGGAUCUUCUGAUCAAUCCAGAGAUCAUUUUGAUUCCAUUAGUAAUGAGGAUUCGGAAUAUCACACAUUGAUCAAUCAAAGAGAGAUUCAACAACUAAAAGAAAGAUCGAUUCUUUGGGAUCCUUCCUUUCUUCAAACGGAAGGAACAGAGAUAGAAUCAAACCGAUUCCCGAAAUGCCUUUCUGGAUAUUCCUCAAUGUCCCGGCUAUUCACGGAACGUGAGAAGCAGAUGAUUAAUCAUCUGCUUCCAGAAGAAAUCGAAGAAUUUCUUGGGAAUCCUACAAGAUCCGUUCGUUCUUUUUUCUCUGACAGAUGGUCAGAAUUUCAUCUGGGUUCGAAUCCUACUGAGAGGUCCACUAGAGAUCAGAAAUUGUUGAAGAAACAACAAGAUCUUUCUUUUCUCAGGCGAUCGGAAAAUAAAGAAAUGGUUAAUCUAUUCAAGAUAAUUACGUAUUUACAAAAUACCGUCUCAAUUCAUCCUAUUUCAUCAGAUUCGGGAUGUGAUAUGGUUCCGAAGGAUGAACCGGAUAUGGACAGUUCCAACAAGAUUUCAUUCUUGAACAAAAAUCCAUUUUUUGAUUUAUUUCAUCUAUUCCAUGACCGGAACAGGGGAGGAUACACGUUACACCACGAUUUUGAAUCAGAAGAGAGAUUUCAAGAACUGGCAGAUUUAUUCACUCUAUCAAUAACCGAGCCGGAUCUGGUGUAUCAUAAGAGAUUUGCCUUUUCUAUUGAUUCCUAUGGAUUGGAUCCAAAACAAUUCUUGAAUGGGGUAUUCAACUCCAGGUAUGAAUGGAAAACGACAUCUUUAUUGGUUUUAUUGGUUCUACUUCCUAUUUUUUAUGAAGAGAAUGAAUCUUUUUAUCGAAGGAUCAGAAAAAAAAGGGUCCGGAUCUCCUGCGGGAAUGAUUUGGAAGAGCCAAAACCAAAAAUAGUGGUAUUUGCUAGCAACAACAUAAUGGAGGCAGCCAAUCAAUAUAGAUUGAUCCGAAAUCUGAUUCAAAUCCAACAUAGCACCCAUAGGUACAUAAGAAAUGUAUUGAAUCGAUUCUUUUUAAUGAAUAGAUCCGAUCGCAACUUCAAAUAUGGAAUUCAAAGGGAUCAAAUAGGAAAGGAUACUCUGAAUCAUAGAACUCUAAUGAAAUAUAUGAUCAACCAACAUUUAUCGAAUUUGAAAAAGAGUCAGAAGAGAUGGUUUGAUCCUUUAUUUUUUUUUCUCGAACCAAGAGAUCCAUGA